UUUAUUUAUUCCCAAUAUUCAUUUUCUCCUUGACAAUCCUUCCUCUUAUUCACUUGCAACAUUGCUUUGCUAAAAAUUUGGAUAUUUUAAAUUUGUAGUAAACGAUUACGCCUUUGUAAUAUGAAAAUGAUAUACUCUUCAUUACUUUCUUAUACUAUAUGCGCCAUCAUGUAAUGAAGGUAGUAAGUUGAGAGGAAGGUGUUUGCCAUCCUUUUUUACCAACUAUGGAUAAUAUGAAUGUAGAUGUAUGUGGAAAACGUUUUGGCCGUCUGAUGACGCCACAGUCGAGGUUUCAAGUUCGAUGAAGUACGAAUAUCACGGAGAACUAAAAUACCUAGUAGGUGAUUUUUAAGUGUAGCUACUCUGUCUUCUCAUUGGUUCAUGGAUCAAAUCGUAAUUUUUAUUAUUGCGUUUCUGAACACGCCAAUAACGGAAUGGCGGGAUUUGAAUACCCUGUUGCUCGCCGGUUCGCACAUAUCGAAGUGCUUGCAAACGAUGUGCCGGAUAAAAUGUGUUGUGUAGUAAAGUGUUACAGUGAAAUUGGUUAAACAGUUAAUAAGGAAACCCGAGAAAAAUGUUGGAAUUCCAAUUGGGCUAUAGAGAAGUCAUUCCGGAUCAAACUUUACCUGAAAAAUGGAAAGAGAUCACUUUAAAUACAGGUGGAAGCCAAAGCACUCUACAGGAUAUAAAGGUUCCAGAAAAGGCGGGCGGCUACUCUUAUAAAGAUAGUUCAAAACAUUACACUCGAAAUCGUUUCAUCUAUUGGCGAAUCUCCCAUGAUAUCCUUGAAUUAGUGGAACAUAGCCUCGAUGUUAAUCUUGCUAACUGUAGAGUGAGAUACAAAUUUACAGACACUCCAAUUUUGGAUGGGAUUUCAAUUCACGAAACGGUGAAUUCUGUCAUUAUACUAGUCGUUACAGUGUCUAGUGUUCAUAAACUUACAUUUCCACACCCUGAUAAAAUACAUAGACAAGAACUCGUAUUGGGUUCUCACCCAGAAUUAAGUGUUCAGUCAAUACUUAGCGAAGCAUCUGUUCAGGCUGCUAGAGACCCUCAUACAUUUCAUGUUAUUACUACUGCUGGGAUAACAAAUUCACCAGUACCUCACGCUGCCGCAUCGUGGCUUGUCCUUCCUCAAGAAGAGUCUCUGUUUGCACUUGCUUACAAUUCAGGAAUCAUAUUGCUUCUGCGACUUGAUACCAUAACAGGACUAGUACAAACAAGUGAACUGAAGCAGGAUUCAAUUGUACCCCGAUUUCUUAGUGGUAUUGCAACUGCAUUUAGAGGUCGUAGUUCCGAAGGCCAUGUUGCGAUGUCUUUAAUUUUGCAUACAUAUGACAACGACACGUACUUAUUUGCCUUAUGUCGUGAAGGCAACGUACGCAUGUGGUCAUGCAACAAAGCUCAGUAUGUAGCAGUAGCUGAUGUUGCAAUUGACAACCGUGUAGCAUCUCAAGGUGCUCAAGGUCACAUGCUGCGAAAGGUAUUAACAUCGUCCAAUGGUGAACUAUAUUUAGGCACAUAUUUGAAAUUUUUGUCUGGAUGUGAAUUUAGUAUUUUGAAACCUGUUCUGGAUGCUGGUACAUUCAAAUUCAUUAGAAUGUGUACAAUCAUUGCCCCAGAUCAACACUUAGUAGAUUUUUCGUUUACUUCCACGAGAUUAUGGGCAGUGUGGCGAACAACUGAAAUGGAUACCGUUGCCGUUACUCAUGCACGUCUUCCACUAAGUGGAGAACAAGUUAAUUCUGAAUGGGAAACUGCAGUAUUGGAGCACCCUCCUGACAGAGAUUAUAUUGUCAGCGAUCCUGGCACAGAUCCAAGACAAGCAUACAUUAGUUACAUUUUUCAUCCGGGUCAAUUUUCUUUGACUGACAUUACCAGGGCACUCAGUAUCUAUAGACGAUCCAAUCUUUUCAAUGACAUGUUUUUGUCACCAGCUGUCUUGAAAGAACGUGUUUGUAUGGCAGUAGAAGCGGAAAUCCAAGCUGAAGUUAUGGAUUAUGAACUGACAGACGAGGAGUAUUUAGAAACCGCUAAUCGUUGUUGGUCCAAGUUUUACUCAUGCGUAAUUCAGUAUCAUAUUAACGGGAACAGACCCUUAGGUCUUUUGUUACUUCCGAAUGUUUAUGGUGUUGCCUUAAUUAAAAAAUCUUGGUUCUCCUUGUUGAGACCCAUGGAGGCUUUGGAACACUUGAUGUUAUCUAACGAAAAGGCAUAUGUGUCACGCUUCAAAACGACACCAGUUUUAUGUCAAGAUGAAGACAUUUGUCAAGACCUAAUCACUCUAAUGUCUACAUUAGUCAUGUUAGAAGACCAAUUAUCAGAAAAAUUGAAGACAGCCAUUGAAAGAGAACUGUAUCACCUGAAAAGUCCAGAUAUUGUUGUCGAAGAUCUAUUAUCAAAAUUACUCAUGGAACCCGACAAUCCUUUAUUAGACUUCGACUUUCAGUCAGAAAUGUAUCGCAAACUGGAAUGCAUUAAAGAUAUAUCAAGUGCCAUGGCUAUGUUAUUGGAAGCUUUGACGUACGAUCUUGGUCAGCCAAAUAAAUUGCAAUUGAAUGAGGAUAACGAGGCUGAAGCCUCGAAAAUGCUUCUCAGUAUAAACCAUUUAUUUAGCAGCCAAUUAGGUAUCUCUACUGUGUCAGAGAGCGUCACGCAAAUUACACUUUCUAGAUUUUCAAUUUGCAGAAAUUUACUUAUCUUGCAACAGAUAGUUUUAACACGACCAGAAGCAUUUGAUUCGAGAUCACUCCAUUCGAUCAAAUCUUCAUUAGCACCAAGAACUGUUAUUCUUACACAAGCGUAUUAUGUUGUCGUAUGGAUUUGCGAAUCUACCGCGACAUCAACGUCUUCUCAAGCUUUAAUUGAAAAUAGUGUCCAACGAUUGGCGCUGUUGAAACUCACAGAUUCAAGAUCAAACAUUGUUCAGCGCCAGCAUCGUUCGAUGUCAUUGCUAGAAUUUUUUAUACACAGUGGAGGAGUAAAGCACGCUCAUGCUCUUAUGGUUCACGUCGACAUUGACCCAUCUGGUUUAGUUCCAUGGCAUUACGGCAUGUUAACCCAUAUCACGCUCAUAGCUCAACUGGUUUGGCCUAUUUCUGGAAAUUUUAUCUUUCCGGAGUGGUUACUGUCGAGUUGCCAAUUCUUACUUGUUCAAGAGUAUGUGCGACUUCUAAGCACGUGGUUCGAAUGGAAUAGCGCUUCAAGGAAAUUUAUAUUGGCUGUUGCCCUUUUGGAAAUGGGUGACACACAUAAAGCCUGCGAUCAGUUCCUCCGAGCCUCUAACGGAGUCUUGACAGAUGCAUUCUUAGCCGAUACUUUUUUGGAAUCGAGUGUUACAUCUAAGAGCAGUGCCUUGGUGCAGUAUUACUUAAAAGUAAUCGAACUAUUCGACCAACAUUGCGCAGCAGACUCUAUUAUUCGUUUGGCAGAAACGGCUAUACCAAUCGCUGAUAAGAACGAACCUAAUUUACCGACUCUUCAUUCUAUUAUAUUUGCCCAACAUUUGAAAUUAGGCCAUCACAUGGAAGCUUAUCAUUGCUUAAAUUCAAAUCCUGAUGCUGCUCGAAGAGUGGACUGUUUGAGACAAUUAGUAGUAACAUUGUUUGACAGAAAGAAAUUGAUGGAUUUGAUAACGUUUCCUUACAUCGACAUGUACGAAGACCUUGAGAAAAUAGUAUUAUCAAGAGCAAGAAGUGUGGAUCUCCUGGAAUAUAAUUACUACAACUUCUUGUACAGUUUUCAUAUAAAUAAAGGAAACAUGAGAAAAGCCGCAUCUGUGAUGUACGAACAAGCAAUGCGUUUAAGUCAAGAAACUCACUCAACGGCCAUUAUUUCUAAGCAAGCUCAGUGUCUUCUAUCUUGCAUUAACGUUCUGCAUCUUGUGAACGAAAAAUACAAGUGGAUUGUUCGACCCGUGCUAGAUCAAAGUCAUCCAGAGGAUACAAAUCCAAAGAAAAAGAGAAGUAUAAAUGGCGAGGAAGUUUUACAUUAUAAAGUUAAAAAGCAAGUGGAAGUUCUGGAGCUCGAAGACAUUAAGAAGGAAUAUUAUUUAGUGCAAGCGAGAUUGAAACUGUCGAAAUUGAAUUCUGACUUACACAUCGUUGCGCAAGCAGAUCCAGCAGAGCUUAUUGCUAUUUUAUCGAGUGUUGGUUUAUAUACAAAUGCCCUUCACUUAUGCGACCGAUUCAAUAUUAAUAAGAGCUCCGUACUUGAAAUUUUAGCAUCGCAAUGUGUAAGAUUAAGUCAGUACGAAGAUUCAGCUGCGUGGGAUUGGUUAAUUGAAAAUGAUAUCUCUGACAUAAGUGUAUCGCACUCAAAUGUAGCCAAUACAGCGUGGAAAUUGUUAGAACACCUAACCUUAAAACAUGAAAAGGAUUGCAGUAGUGAUUUGCAUAAAGGUGUAGCUAGAAAAUUGGUUCAUCAUGGAGCUUUUCUGCCGGAAUGGCUGUUAUCUUCAUACAGGAAACGAAACGCAGCAGAACUUCUUUGGCUUUUCUUUAGAGCGGGCAGACUUAUGGAAGCAGCAGAGUUAGCCAUCGACUAUAUAAAUGCAGUGCUCGGCAGAGGAAUGGAACGUUUUGGUUUAGAAACCCCUUUAGUAGCAACAGGUUCCCCUGUGUGGCUCUGUCAUAAUGCUUUUGAUGUAUUAUUGCGUGAAUUGAAAUUCGCAGAAGAGGACGAUCCAAAAUAUGUUCAGUGUUACGAGCAGUUGAAGGAAACAUUAGAUAAGUACUUCGAUGUAGUUGCCAGGGUGUCAGAUGAUAUGAUACGACUGAAAAUACACAGUAACAAGUCUUAACAGCAAAUAUCUAAGUUUAAUAUUUAAGUGAUACUUGUAUAAAUGCUAAUGAAACGAAAAUAUGUCGUACACUGAUUUUAGAUAGUUACGGCAAUUUUUAUAUCGUUACAUUUAAGAAUUUAUAGGAUAAAACAUGUGGCGUUUAUACAUACCUUUUGGAACACUUAUGGUAAUUAUGAUAAUGAAAUAGUAAUAUCAUUCCUUAUUACGUCACCAAUAAACAGGGGAUUGAUUAACUGUUA